AAGCAUGACAUACUUCAGCCUAUGCAUUGUACUCCACCUGGCAGUUGCAGUGUACUGCGUUCCAGUGGCAGAGAUUAGCAUUCAAGAUGAAAGCUUGGCAGAGAGUUACCUGAAGAAGUUCUUCAACCUGACGGAGGAGCGCGGCCCUCCUUCCAGACGGGGGAUCAGUCCACUCAGCAAGAGGCUGAGUGAGAUGCAGAGAUUCUUUGGUUUACAAAUCACAGGGACGCUGGAUGCUGACACCUUGGUGAUGAUGAAGAAGCCUCGCUGUGGCGUUCCAGACAAUGACUUUGCCCGUUUCUCCACUUUUGGAGGCAACCUGAAGUGGGAGAAAAACAGCCUGACAUACCGGAUAGAGAACUACACACCCGACAUGUCCCAGUCGGAGGUAGAUGAUUCCAUCCAAAAAGCUCUGGACGUUUGGGCCAAAGUUACUCCUCUUCGAUUCACUAGAAUCUACAGCGGCACAGCAGACAUCAUGAUCUCAUUUGGUCGCCGAUCGCAUGGUGAUUAUUACCCCUUCGACGGCCCUGACGGAACUCUGGCCCACGCCUUCGCUCCAGCUCCUGGCAUCGGAGGAGACGCCCACUUUGACGAUGAUGAGACCUUCACCUUCCGCUCAAAUUCUGGAUAUGUUCUCUUUAUGGUAGCAGCCCAUGAGUUUGGUCACUCCCUGGGCUUGUCUCAUUCCGAUGACCCUGGUGCCCUCAUGUACCCCAUGUACUCGUACAGAAACCCCGACACUUUUCUUCUGCCCCGCGAUGACGUCAAAGGCAUCCAACAUCUCUAUGGUCCGAAUACGGAUCCGAAUCAGCCUGGACCUACACCCCCCACGACUCCUGAUGCAUGUGACUCCACCAUGGUUCUGGACGCUGUAGCCACCCUGCGUGGAGAGAUGCUCUUCUUCAAAGACAGCUUCUUCUGGCGAAGCCACCCUCAGAGAAGGUCACCUCAGCAAAGUCUCAUCACAAACUUUUGGCCCAACGCUCCAGCCAACAUCGACGCUGCUUACGAGAGCCAGCAUUCCGACAAAAUCUUCAUCUUCAAAGGUCGUCGAGUGUGGGCUUUCUCUGGCUACAGUCUGGUCCGAGGCUAUCCCAAAAAACUCAGCAGCUUUGGUCUGCCCAAAAGUGUGAGGAAAAUCGAUGCAGCUUUCUAUGAUGCGGAAUCAAGAAAAUCUCUGUUUUUUGUAGGUAGUUAUUACUACAGUUUUGAUGAGGCUGUCAACAGAGUGGACAAUGGGUUCCCCAAACGCAUUGAUCAGACCUUUUCGGGCCUGAGUCAAGUAACGGCAGCUUUCCAGUAUAGAGGUUUUACUUACAUCUACAGUGGACCCUACAUGUUUGAGUACAGCUUGGGGAGCGGGAGAUUGUUCCGUGUACUGAGGAACAGCUACUUCCUACGCUGGUGCUGCAAGCGUGCAGAGCCCAAGAGGAAGAAUUUAUACGUGCACCUAUUCUCUAUCGGCAGGACAAUAAUCAUGGAAGGUCCACAGACUGCAAAAGUUGCGAUUCUGAUGGUGGCAAUCGCACUCGGUGGAGCUGUGCCUGCCAUCCCAGACAGCCAAGAAGAGCUCUCCAAAGCCCAGGAUUACCUUUCCCAGUUUUUCUCUGAAGUGGGCGUGACGGCCGGUAGCGGCACGUGGCGUAGCGGCCUUGAUUCCUUCACAGACACUCUCAAACUGAUGCAAGAGUUUUUUGGCCUGGAGGUGACCGGAGAGCUGGACUCCAACACCAAGGAAGUGAUGUCUCGCCCUCGAUGCGGUUUCACAGACUUGGACAAAUACAAGUACGGCCACUUUGACGGACAGCCCAAGUGGGACAAGAACGUGAUCACGUACAGGAUAACAGAAUACACGCCGGACUUGAGUCAAACUUACGUGGAUGCUGCCAUUGGCAAGGCGCUAGAGGUCUACAGUGCGGUAAUCCCGCUGGAUUUCAAGAAGAUUGACAGUGGCACGGCGGACAUCAUGAUCAAGUUCAAGGGUCAUAAUCAUGGAGAUUUUGCUCCCUUUGAUGGUGAGGGUGGUGUCCUGGCUCACGCUUUUUCCCCCGGUGAGGGCAGAGGAGGUGACACUCAUUUUGAUGAAGAUGAAAAGUGGACUCUAACCUCGUCAGGAGUCAACCUGUUCUUGGUGGCAGCCCAUGAGUUCGGUCACGCGCUUGGAUUGUCACACUCUAAGGUCAAAACAGCCCUCAUGUACCCCACCUACCAGUACGCUGACACGGAGGGCUAUGUGCUACCAGACGACGACAGGCAGGGAGUGCAGGCACUCUACGGAGUGAGAUCGUCACCUCAACCCACAGCUGCGCCACAACCAAAACCUGAACCCGAGCCUGAACCUACUUCAAAACCAGUUCCAGACAGGUGCAGCAGCAAUUUUGUUUUUGAUGCUGCAACCUCCAUAAAUAGUUACCUUUACUUCUUCAAAGACAGCUAUCUUUGGAAGAGAAGCAGCAACUGGGAUGGCGUCGCCACAAGGAAAAUUAAUUCGAUCUGGCCUGGAAUCAACAAAGUCGAUGCUGCUUACGAGUACAAGCGAGGCAACGUUGUCGUUUUAUUUGAAGGGAACCGCUACUGGCAGGUCAGACGAAACACUGUCCUACCUGGUUAUCCCAAACCUCUCAGCGACUUGGGCUUGCCUGCAGAUGUCACCAAGGUCGAUGCUGCCGUCCAUGUAACAUUUCUGGGAAGAACCCUCCUUUUUGUGAAAAACAAAUACUGGAGCUACAGUGAACGGCGGGGACGAAUGGAUCGCCGGAACCCAAAACUUAUUCGCACAGAGCUCCCUGGGAUUGGCUACAGAGUUGAUGCUGCUUUUGAGAACAGAGGUUACCUGUACUUGUCGUAUGGGCCGAGGCAGACGCAGUACGAUUAUGUCAGAAGAAGAGCGGUUGGCACUCUGAAAAACAACGACUGGAUGGACUGCGAUUAAAUCUGAACGUAUUAGCGUACGUCUACACCAGAGCUGGCCCUACCCAACGUGGCGCCCUUGGAGAGAUUUUAUUUGUAUAUGUUUUAUAAUGUAGCUUGAAAAGAAAUUGAAUGGCAUUGUUUUUACCGUUGUCUUUCAGAUAUCAUGUCACCCGGCUUACAUCCCAAAUAAAUACAAAAAAAUCUGAAAAAAACAUGAAUACCCUUCCCACAAAAGAAAAAUCCUGUAAACAAGUGAAAAAUACUAAUCGGAAUAAUAACAAUAAUUCAAUAUAUAAACUACAUUUACACUACGCAAUAACUAUAUACAAAAACAAAAUAAAAUAACUAUACAAAAGCUAUGUAAAAUACCUAUGUACAACUACAGUAAUCCCUUGUUUAUCGUGGUCAGUUGGCUCCAGAACCCAACCGUGAUAAGUGAAUUUCCGCAAAGUAGGAUUCUUUUUUUAUAGAUUGAAUUUUUUUAUAGUUAGAGCAUAGGAAAGCUGUUUACAGCCUUCUAAAUACGGUUUUUAACAUUAUUAGACCCCUCUAGACAUGAAAUAAGACCCCUAAGGUCACCUUUACACUCAUAUUACCCAACAUGGUAGACAUAAUGAGAGAAAAUAAGACAUAAUGUAGGAUACUACAUAUCAUCACAACACAUUCUGUACAUACCCCUGGCCUACGGUUUGUUUCAUUUGAUAUGCUUACGACACGCUCAUAUAGUAAUAAUACAAACAUACUUGUACAUUAUAAUUACACACGCACGCACACAGUUCUGACACACAACCACUAACGUGACGAUGAUACUACGUUGGACACCUGUACACAGGCCUUUGUCUUUGAAUGCCUUACAUUUGUUUUGUACUUCAUUUAGCCUUUUUCAUGCUUGAAAAUACUUAAUUUAGACCAAACAUACAUACAAUUUGCUUAAACAUGCAUAUCUCUUGCUAGUAAUAAGCUGAAGUCAACCACAAAACAGCACUGAUUUUUUAACACACACCUUCCAAAAAGUUCAACUUUUGUCUGGUCAGACCACAGAGUAUAUUCCCAAAGGUCUUGGAGAUCAUCAACGUGUUUUCUGGCAAAAUUGAUACGAGCCUUGAUGUUUUUUUUGUUCAGCAGUGGUUUUGGUCUUGGAACUCUUCCAUGCAGGCUGUUUUUGUCCAGUGUCUUUCUUAUGGUGGAGUCAUAAACACUGACCUUAACUGAGGCAAGUGAGGCCUGCACUGCUUUGGAUGCAGUUGUGGGGUCUUUUGUGACCUCUUUGUGGAUAAUGACUCUCGCUGUGGUUCUCUGGAGUCCCAAAGCUUUAGAAAUGGCUUCAUAACCUUUUCCAAACUGAUAGAUGUCAAUUAAUUUCAGUUAAGUUAUGUUGUAACAGGGGGGGAAUCCCUUUUUCACACAGGACCAUGUAGGUUUGGAUUUUUGUUUCUCCACUAAUAACAUUUUCAUUUAAAGACUGCAUUUUGUGUUCAUUUGUGUUGUCAUUGACUAAUAUUUAAAUUUGUUUGAUAAUCUCAAACAUGUAAGUGUGACAAACAUGCAAAAUAAUUAGAAAUCGGAAAGUGAAAACACGUUUUCAAACCACUGUAUAUUGAACGUGAAUUGUGAAGAUCAUGGCGCCGUUAGCAGCCGCCUAUAAUAAUGCCUCAUGGGCAGUUACACCGUAGUUACUGUUGACACCAUCUCUCAUCCAGUAGGUCCCAGGGGAUUUUCUGUAAACGGCUUCAUAAGCAUGUGUAAUCUUACAGUAGUUAUUAGAAUGACGUAUAAAGCAGUGUAAUGUCAGCGUCAUCUGUAAUAAAACCUUGCAAGUCAAUGAAAACGA